CCAGACUACUACGUAACCGGCCUACAGCUAUGGACCGUUUGUAUGGACCACUAGACUAUAUAAGAUCUCUCAUUUUGGACUUCAAGACACAAUUCGAUCACACCAGAAUUCGUCAGAUCUCGGCCAGUGUCUCAGUGAAAAACAUUUAUUUGAACUUUUAAUCGCUCUUUGAAUACUUGUAAAUUAAGCAAUAAAUUCUAAUUGACAAGUAUUAGUUAACUUAAUUGACUUCGCAACAUAAGUCAAAUUGGUGCCGUUCAGACCAAGGAUCAACCAGGACUUCUAACCACUAUACGAUAGAAAGGAACCACAAUGGCAGACAAUGAAGAAAGCUUUGCCCAGCUAGAAUCCCUCUAUUUGUGGAAACUAUUACCUGAUAAUUUAUGGUGGGACAUAUAUGUACAAUUUAAGAUCAAUUAUUUCCGGGAAAUACUAGAUAGAAAGAGAAGGGAACCUCUAUUUAAGGAAUUCCACGCUAUACAGAAGCUUAUUAACCUGUCGGAUCCAAUUAUAAUUGACAAUUAUUGUGGUUUACCCACAAAAUUCGCAGAAAUAAUUGGACGCCGGAAACAAUUUGCCGAAAUACAUAACUUAUCCUAUCAGGAGCAUCUUAGGAAGUGGACGGUGGAGAACUUCAAAGCCAUUGGAUGGUUAAAACGAUCCAAUCGCUUUGGGGUUUACCACCAAGAAGUGAUUCUAAACAAGGCAAGGAAAAUGCACCGGAUACGCAUUUUCGAUCUGAUAAUUAAAUUUGAGACUGUGAAGGAAAACAACCAAACAUUUUAUUCAGGACUAUCAUAUGAAUUCCAAAAUUGAUAAAGGCCAGAUAAAUAAAAUAUAUUAUGAUAAUUUAUAUAUGUAUCAUUAUUUUUAGGGAGAACCAGUGAUGAAGUGGUGGUGGUUCUCACUUGUUCUUUUUGGCUUAACCAGCCAAUUCAUUGUCAAGGAAAAUGUCAUGUUUCAAAAAAUUAAGGAAAUAUCAACCACAAGGUCAAAUUGGCUCAUUACUUUUGUCGUAGACUUGGAUCCUUUUGAAUUAUUUCUUAAUAAAAUAGAACAAGACUUGGGCAAGGCUUUUCUCGCUACACAAAAAGUUCACACAAUUUCUAUGUUUUACACCCCAGAAAAAAAACACAUUUUGGCUACUAUCUUAAGUCUACAAAGGGAGGUUGAAGGAUUAAAUCGGACUAAAGAUUAUUUACAAUCACAAUUCAAUGAUUACCAAUCUUUAUAUUACGACGAAACGGCAAAGUUUAAAACUAAACGUAGCUUAUUUCCUAUUAUAGGCAAAGCAUUAAGUUUUUUAUUUGGUACUGUAUCAGACAGCGACCUGUCAAAAAUUCGAAGAAAUAUCAAAACUUUGGCACAAAAUCAAGAUGCAAUUCGUCAUAUUGUUCAAGAUGGGUUAACUAUCUUAAACACUACACAAACACAUGUUUCUGAAAAUAGACACAAGGUUAAUGAGUUGAUUGAAAGUGUUCAAGAUCUUGGAAAUAGACUUCAAACUUUUGCUACGGAUUUAGAAAAACAAAUUGAAGUUAUGGGAAGUUAUUUACAAGCUUAUUUGCAUAUGGACAUGAUAAUAGGUGAAAUAAAGGACCUUAUGAAUAUAGCCGGGGAUUAUUUAAACCAUUUGCAAUUACAACUAAACAUGUUGUCCUUAGGACACAUGUCACCCAGUCUUAUAUCACCCGGUAAUUUACGAGUAUUAUUGACUGACAUAAAACGACGACUACCGGCGACAUUAAAGAUACCUGGUGACGAAGUUAAAGAUAUUUGGAAUUUUUAUAAAUUUUUGACCUGUAGUACAGUUUUGGACGAAAACAAAAUAAUCAUUAUCAUUACGUUACCAUUACUAGAUAUAAGAGACACUUAUGAAAUUUAUAAGAUUCACAACUUGCCUGUUCCUACUACGAUAACUGAUAAACAAUCUGACUCGAGCAAUAUGGUUGCUCAGUAUGAAUUAGAAGCAGAAGUUAUUGCUGCAAACCAAGAAAAAACUAAAUAUAUGCUGCUAAAUACCAAUGAAAUUGACAAGUGUUCCAAUCCUUUAGUUAAUUUUUGUGAAAUUAAAAGUCCAGUUUAUCCAGUUAAUUUAAAUAAUAGGAAAUCUGUUAUGAUCUGGAUCCAAAAUGGAGGUUAUCAAAUUGGUGACAUGGCACCAUUUGACGGAUCACAACUAGCUGUUACUGGGGAUGUAGUUGUUGUAACUAUACAAUACAGAUUGAAUGUUUUUGGUUUCUUUUCAACUGGGGCUAUCAAAGGUAAUUACGGACUAUGGGAUCAAAUAUUGGCUAUUCGAUGGGUCAACGAAAAUAUUGAUUCAUUUGGAGGAGACAAGCAAUCAAUCACGAUUUUUGGUAAUGAAGUAGGUGGUUUCAGUGUAGGUCUUUUGGCGCUUAUCCCAUCAAACAAAGGACUAUUUCAAAAGGCAAUAAUGCAAAGUGGUACAUCGAUGUCAUUUUCUCUACAGGGAAAUUAUACAGAAGCUGGAUCAUUGAACAUCUUAGAAUAUUUUAGAUGCCCUACGACAGAGCCAAAAAUUGAUGUGAACGAACAAGGGCUACCCCAAUGGAACGAAUACGACAUACAGAAUGAGUAUUACAUCAACUUAGAUGUUGAAAUCACAAGUGGUCAGCAUCUUUACGAAGACCGUGUUAAUUUUUGGUUAAAAGAAAUCCCUACAAUUAUGCAGGCAGAAAUACAAGAAAACACCACAGAACCAAUCGGUAACGAAGCCCCUAGUGGAGAGAAUGUUAAAAGCGUAACUACAGUGUUGAUGUUUACAUUGGUAGUAAGCAUUUGUAAUCAAUAA